GAUCGUGAGCCGCUCGUUUCCGGAAGAACGGCGCCUGUUGUUUGAGGGUGGCGCUAAAACUUUCAAACUGUCUGCACAGAAGAGAAGACCAUGUGCAGUUCAGAAUCAAUUUCAAGGCGACAAGAAAGAAGGCCUCUUACCUAUAUGAUAGGUAGAACUUACCGGUAGAAGGCGGCGCCAUAGUUAGAGGACGAGGAACGCCAGUGUGUGCUGCUGCCAUUCCUGGUUUUGCGUGCUGAAUGCUCGAGUUGGUGCUUUCUUGAGAACUGCUUCCGCACAUUACCAAUCGGACUUUGCAGAAGCGCGCAAGAAUGAGGAGGGGAAAUAUAAGGUUUCCAAGGGAAAAGGAUAACAAAAAGGCAAAAGGAGCCCGUCCUUCCAGUGCGCUGAGUGCGGCUGCGCCGAUUCUUGGGAAGAAAGGUGUAGCAUCAAAGCCUGCUGCAUCUGCCGCCAAACUGCCGGCCCAGAAGAAUGAGGAUAAAAAAGUGCAGGUUGCAGAGCGUCCUGAGGCUGAAGCGGCAGCAGUUGCUGGCAAUUCUAGAAAGAAGCAGAGGCUGGAAGAGCCUGCACCGGAGGCAGGCCUGGGUGAGGCGCGACAGCAGGAGGGGAACUCAGCCCCAGAGGCGGAAUUGCCGUCUCAAGGUGGCAAAAGGAAAACCAGAGCUUCCCUGAGGGCUACGGUCGCCCAUGCGGAGGGUGCGGCGGUGGUACAGGAUCUGCCCCAUUUUUCGGGGGCGGCGGAGCCUGCUGUGCCGUUCCACGAGGGGCUGACCAAAGAGAGGGAGGACCAGCGGCUUGUCCAGCUGUUGCGACGCAUUUGCCGCCAUGAGCAGGAGGCGGUUGAUGCGGCCUUCGGGGACCAUCAACAUGUCGCCACAGCGGCGGACACCGUGAUGCGAAAUUGGGUGCGCGCUGUUCAGACACGGUUGAAGGAGGACCCGUCCAUGGUGGGCAUGUCUCAGUCUAUACUUGCGGGCAGCAGCCUGGGGCCGGGCGCGGCAGAAGCAGCGGACGAGGAAGAUGACAGGAGGGAAGCGCUCCUCACCCUUCGCAGCAAUUUGCGGAGUCAGGAGAAGGCCUGGCAGCGGCUGAUUGCGUCCCAGGAGGCGAUCUUGGAGCGCGACGCUGAAGCACGGGCGCAGGCCCCCAAAGCGGACCCGCCGGCGGUUGAAAGCGUGGGGCUGGACACGACGUUGGAAGAAACAAGAAGGAAGUUGGCGUUUCAGGCUGAGGCCCUGUGCCAGCUGGUGUCGGGAGUAAGCGACCUGUGCAGGCGCACCGAACAGGCGAGCAAGGACCUGGCGCAAGAUUUUGGGGCCAAGUUCACGUCCAUCCUGCCGCAAGGCUCACCAAGAACAUUGAUUAACCGGUUCAUGAGUUACCACCCUGCUUCAGGGCCCUCAUAGCGAUGCUUGUCCAUAAAAGAAGCGUUGUGCGUCAGGCGCUGCUUAAAGCCUCAUGGGGUUGACCAAUUUGAAAGUUGCGUUGGUAUCUUGCCCACUUGAUUCGGAAGAGCGGGUUUGGCAACCAGGUUUGUCUCUUAAUUUUCCAAACGAAUCUGCUCCGCAAGACCCCACCAACCAUGUACAGCCCGUCUGGGACCUGGGCCAGUCGGACAUACCUGCUCAGCUGCAGCAAGUGUGUGAAUAUGCGUG